AUGGAUAAUAUAAAGCCCAGAUUGAAAGUGCUGAAGAAGCGUCGCUCCAGUCUUUUUGCUACCAUAAAGCGGGAAAUCAGCUUUUCACAAAGCGGCGAAGAACAGGAGCAAGAAUUUCCUUUUUCACAGGACAGCUCAGUGAGAGCAUGGACUUCUAUGGACAACCUCGACGCUACUUUUGAGAAAAGCACAAAGAAAAAAGAUAAGAAAAAAGGUGCAUCAAAUCCAAGGAAAUCCAACAUAGUCAACCUCAAUGUGGGUGGAAAGGUGUUUCACAUCCCCAAGCACUUGGUCCUCCGAUACCCAAAGACCAGGAUCGGAGUCCUUGCCCUUUGUGAUGAUCCAGUUAAGCGUCUGACGCUCUGUGACGAUUACAACGUCCAGAACAACGAGUUCUUCUUUGACAGGGACCCCAUGUUUUUCCAUUACAUUUUCCACUUCUACUGCAGUAACGUCCUGUGGGUGAUGGACAGUCUCUGUCCUGUCAACUUUGAGGAGGAAAUGUCAUUCUGGGGGCUGAAGCUGAAGGACACUCCAAGGUGUUGCCGCAUUCUGUUUGAGGAAAAGGUGGACGACAUCCGGGACCAACUGAAGGUUAACCAGGAGCUAAUUGAUGAGAUUAAGCCUCAUCAGGAUGACGAGGGCUACAAGACCAUGUUUCUUGGAACCUUUCGGAAGGCCCUCUGGGACUUGAUGGAGAAUCCUUAUUCGUCACUCUCAGCCAAAGCCUUUGCCGUGUUCUCCAGUCUUUUUGUGCUCAUCUCUAUUGUUGCCAUGACAUUAAAUACCGUCAAAGAACUUAGGCAGUACAAACUCGGAGGUAAAACCUACAUGGAGUGGAUAGAGGUAGCCUCCAUUCUCUUCUUCACUUUGGAGUACUUUCUGCGGUUACUCACCACGUCCGACAUCAAGCAUUUUGUGAAGAGUGCUCUCAACUUUGUUGACGUGGUGGCCGUUAUGCCCUACUUCAUCCAGAUCCUUUUUGAGACGUUUGUUGUAGAUUCAGAGGACAUCAGCGCACAAGAAGAUCUAAAGACGAUGGCAAGAGUCAGUAAAGUCAGCAAGGUGCUCAAAGUUGUCAAGCUGAUGCGCAUCUUCCGGAUCCUCAAGCUCGCUCGUCACUCCACAGGCAUGAGGGCGUUCGGUUUCACCAUCCGCCAGUGCUCCGAGCAGGUGUGCUGCCUGUUCCUGUUCAUCGCGAUGGGCAUCUUCACUUUCUCGGCCCUGAUGCACUCUGUGGAGGUGGAUCAGCCUGGGACCCCUUUCAGCAGCAUCCCGGACGCCUGGUGGUGGGCUGCGGUGAGCAUUUCCACCGUGGGCUACGGCGAUGUCGUGCCCAUCUCCUAUCUCGGCCGCUGCGUCGCUUUCGGCUGCAUCUCCUUCGGCAUCAUCCUCAACGGCAUGCCCAUCUCGAUUCUGUUCAACAAGUUCUCCGACUACUACGCCAAACUGAAGGAGCAGGAGUACAACAUCUCAAACACCGAGCGCACCUUCCAGCUCAGAAAACGUCUGCGGCGUAAGUUCGACAGCUGCUUCGAGCCCCAGCCGGAGGACUCGGACGACGAGAUCCACUACCGGCCGAGCGGGAGGCACUACUACGACAUGGACGAAUGA